UUCUUUCAUUUCAAGAAGAUGCCCGUCAAGUACUUCCUGAUCCUGGAUACCGUGAAUGGGCGGCCUCAUUCGAUUUUGUCGAGGAAUGUGGCGUGGGCGGCUCUUCGAGCUAAAGGGUUGGCGAGUGGCGAGUAUAACGCUCGCGCGUAUGCGAGAGCAUCUGAUACUUUGUUCCAGAAAUGCGCUGAGGAGAGGCUUUCGUGGAUGCCUAAGGGCCUUGGAGGGUGGCACGCGACGAAGAUGGAGGACUCGCUUUGA